AUGGCUGAUGAAAACGACGAAAACGAGAGCGAAGGAAGCCAGGAAGAGACGGGCAAAGUGCCCAAAGGAGAAGAGGCGGAGAGAAAACCGAGCGGCGAGCCAAUCCCAAAGUCGAAGUGGAAAGGCUACAUCUACGUACCUAUCAAGGAAGAGACCGAGGAGACCGAACAGCAGCUGCCAAAGGCAGACGAGAUGACUGGACGCACUACUCAAGUUGACAACGAAAUCGACGAGAUUGGUUCGAUCCCACGGAAGUUAAUGGAGGCCUUCGCCGAAGGAAGGCACCCCGUCCCCCUCACUUUCCUCACAGACGAGUUCUUGAAACGACAAGAUGCAUACAGAAUUAGCUACAGAAACGGGGUACUCGAACACCCGGUGUACGAGAAGAGUGACAAGUCGAUUCCACUCGACGAAGGGAUCGCAGCGAUCAAGCGGCACUACAGUCUGAUGAAGAGCAACUGGCCGGAUGUUGCCAAGUUCUGGAAGUCGUUCUGGAACAACUUAUAUCACAGUAAGGUGAUAUCGAAGAACGAAUGGCCCGUGCUCCGCGAACUAAUCGAGACAAUCCAACGAUGCAUCCCAAACCCGAAGGCUGGCGCGAGACUUGUGCCAGAUCCGAACGACGAGAAGGCACUGAUGCGGGCAGAGAUGAGGUAA